CUGGGUCCACUCCAAGGCGAGCGGCGUCCAGCUGGGAGAGGUGAAGGCGAUCUGAAGACAUCUCUGUGACCGGGCCAGAAGCCUGCACCUCCAGCUCCUUCCCUGGGAUGGACAUGGGGCCCAGCUCCCAGGCCCCCUUCAGCCUAAAGCUGCUGCUGCUCCUGCUGGGACUGUCACGUGGGGGCCUGGCCAGCACAAGCUGCUACGGGAUCCCAGGGAUGCCAGGCCUGCCGGGGACCCCGGGAAAGGACGGCCAUGAUGGGCUGCCAGGGCAAAAGGGCGAGCCAGGAAUCCCGGCUACUCCGGGGACACGAGGACCAAAGGGCCAGAAAGGAGAACCUGGCACACCAGGCCAUCCAGGGAAGAAUGGUCCCACGGGGCCCUCCGGGGCCCCAGGGGUCCCAGGCACUGCAGGCCCCCCUGGAGAGCCAGGUGUGGAGGGCAGGUACAAGCAGAAGCACCAAUCUGUGUUCACGGUGACUCGGCAGACUGUCCAGUUCCCAGAGCCCAACAGCUUGGUCAAGUUCAACGUGGCCGUCACCAACCCGCAGGGGGAUUAUGACACCAACACCGGCAAGUUCACCUGCAAAGUCCCCGGGCUCUACUACUUUGUCUAUCACACGUCGCAGACGGCCAACCUGUGCGUGCACCUGUACUUCAGAGGCACCAAGGUGACCACCUUCUGCGACCACAUGUCCAACAGCAAGCAGGUCAGCUCGGGCGGCGUGCUCUUGCGGAUGCAGGUGGGCGACCAGGUGUGGCUGGCCGUCAACGACUAUAACGGCAUGGUGGGCACCGAGGGCUCCGACAGCGUCUUCUCCGGCUUCCUGCUCUUUCCUGACUAGGUUUCCCGUGGGCAUCAGCCCUGCUAAAGGGCCCCUCCCCCAGGAAGCCUGCCCUGCUGCCCCACCCCGUGCGUUCUCUCCCUUCCUCUGAGCACCUCCAGGAGUCACUGCUUGGCCUGUUCUUUGACCUACCUCCUGGUGAUGUCAUCUCCACCCCGCUUGGGGGAGGAGGGAAAUACAUCAAUAAAUGAUUGACCUCUUGA